UUAACCUUAUUUAAAAAAAGGUCCAACAUGGAAUCGCAAGAUGGUUGCAAACAAUUGUGGUGAAAGUAUUAUGUGGUUUUGUGCAUAAAUUAUCUAUUAAUUGAACGUUUUAUAUAUUUUCAUUAUUAUAAUGUUCUUUAUUCGUGAUUAAAGCAAAUUAUUAAAACUACUAGAAUGGUUAAAGAGCUGAUUGUAAAAACAUCAUCACGCGAACUUGCAUACCGCACCGAACACUAUCAUGAUAUCAGGAUUAUCAAGAAUAGACCAAUAACGUGUACUUCUUGUGGAAAUAAAGUAAUUGUAGAACCUGGAAAAAUUUUUACCCAUCCUGUAAUAGGUACUUUGUUAUGUGAAAAAUGCUGGGACCAUUGUAAUAAUAUAGAUUUCUCUUCUGAUGAGGAUCAUGUAGAUAAGUAUUGUCGCUUAUGUGCUCAUGAGAAAAAUCUAUAUAUAUGUGGAUCAUCUAAUUGCAUAUUUGCAUUUUGUAAACGAUGCAUAAAGAGAAAUGCACCUUUGUCUCUUUUGGAUAUUGAAAAAAACAACUGGAAAUGCUUCAUUUGUGAACCUAAACCAUUGUGGGAGCUACGAGCAGUUUGUGCUUCUAUUAUGGAUUGUCUAGCCAAAAGAAAUAAGAAAACAACUGUACGGAGUGAAUUCAGAAGACACGAUUCUGUAUUACCACAUAAAAGAUAUCAAACCAUACAAGUUAAAAAAAUGCAGAAAGCUCUACAAUCAAUAUGCGAUGACGAAGAGGAAGAAGGAUUUGAUAAAGGUUCUACAGAAAAUAGAUCUCUUUAUCAGAAGUCCAUUGAAAAAGGGGAAAGUAAUAUGACAGCAAAGAAAAGUACUACAUCCAAAAGUCGGACUUUAAAUAGAUUAUGUAGUACAACUUCCUCAAGUAAUUCAAGUGAUAACGAAGCCCCCCCCAAGAAAGAAUCUUCACUAAAGAAUCUUCAAAAAAGCUGUAAAAUGAAAGUAUCUCAUAAAGAUGAUAGUACUAGUGAUACAAAACUUGAAGUCCAACAUAAGACUUUUAAAACUAUUAAGAAUCAACAGCAAAAGAAAAUACAUUUAGAAAAUACACGUAAUUUAAGUUCGGAUGAUUUAACUAAAACGAAGUCAUUAAAAGUAUUGGACACAUACAUGGAGAAAAAAAGCAAAGAUAAAACAGUAACUUCAUCAUGCAGUAGUUCUGAUAAUGAACAAAGUGAAUCACUCCCAAGUAUUAAACUUAGACAUAAUGUAGCAUGUCAUGAUAAUAAAAGUGCAAAAAUGAACUCUGAUUCUGAAUCUGAUGAGGAAAAUAUGGAAAGUAAUCGAAAAAAAUGCAAAAUGCUUUUUAAUAAAAGUAACAAGAAAAAGUGUUAUAUGAAACAACCUGAUGAACAAGACAAGAAAAAUGUACAAGAUUUAAUAUCACAAUCUUCCAUUGAAAUUGAUACUAAUUCUAGCUCUGGUAGAGAAUUUCAAAGGACAAAAUUAGUUCGUAGCAAUUAUGACUUAUUGCGCAAAAAACAAAAUAAAAAGAUUCAUAACACAUCAUCAAAAAAGAAUAUUAUUAAUAAGCAACAAUAUAAAUAUUUGAAGUCAAAUAUUAUAGAAAUUUUAGAUGAAUUAAAACAACAAUGUUCAGUAUUUGAAUUACAAGCCCAGCAUAUUGAAAAUAAAUGUAAAAGAAAGCCCAUGUAUAUGGAAGAUGCAAAUAAGAUUAUAUAUAAAUCAAAAAGUACUAUUAAUAAAUUAAUGACGGAAUUCAGUAGUUAUGAGAAACAUUUAAUGAAUUUUUACAAGACAUUUAUAUCAUCAAUUAAAGAAGAAGGAGAAGAAGAACAUGAAAGUUCAGAAGAUGAUACAAUAUUAAUAAACAAGAAACCUCAUAAAAGGAAAUCCAGUGAUACGAUUAAUAAGGAUAAUAGUAAGUGUGAAAUUGUAUCAGAUUGUGAUAGUGAAAUUUUUUCAGGAAAUGAAACUUUUAAUCUGGAGACAACAGAAAUAGAAAAUAAUAUGUGUGAAAAUGAAAUUCCUGUUUCUGAAAAAGAUGAUCAAUGUUCUUCAAGCAGUAAAUCUUUAACAUCUAAAGAUGCAACCGAUAAUAUUGUAGACUCUGUAGAGUCAAGAAUUAGCCAGAAUGUAUCACCAAUAUUAGGUAAACAACAGGGUAGGAAAAAUUUGCUUAAAUUAUCAGAUAAUGCAGUAGUAAAAUGUAAUAUUAAUGAUGAAACAUGCAUAGAAAAUGAUGAUCCUCAGAAUGUCUUAACAGGGAACUGUAUGGAUAGUAAUAUUACAAAAUGUGAUACUUCCAAAAAAGAAUUGGAAAAUAAAGAUAAUGAAGGUAAAAUAUCUCCAGAUAUUUCAAAUAAACUUAUAACUGCAAUAUCCUCUAAUGAUACAUGUCCAAUCAUAAAUGAUUCAUUAAAUGAUAUAUUUGAAAGCAGUUUGGAAUUAGAUAAUGAAGUCAGUAAAUCUAAUACAACAAUAGUAACAAAUAAAGAUACCCAUGAUUUAGAUACUAAUGAUAUUCAAAAAGAAAACAAUGAAACUUCUAAUACAGAAUGUAAUGCAGCAAAAGAAGACACACUAUUGUUAAAUGAAAAAGAACUUGAUCCAUUGAGAGAAGAAGAACAGGAUAAUGUAAGUAUAUUUCAGCAGGAAACACAAAAAUUAUAUGAAUCGAGUAAAUCUAGCAGUGAAUCAGAAAAAACUCAAUAUAAUGAAUAUCCCUCCCAAAAAUCUGAAGUCGAUUCUUCUCAAGAACAAGUAAUAGAAACACUCAUAAAACAAGUUUCCAGUGAAUUAGAUUCUGAUGCUUCUAAUAUUUCUGAUGUACCUUUUGAUUCAACAAAAGUAUGUGAUAAAUCAGAAGAUUCAUUACAUUCAAUUAACCAAAAUGAAUUACAAGUAAAUAAAGGGAAGAAACAUAAUGAUAAUGAAAGUGAUAGCAGUACAAUAAUUUCACCUAAUUUGAACAAAAGUGCAUCUAUCAUGGAACUUACAUUAGAUAAUGUUAAACAACAAAAUAGUGAAAAUCGUACACUAAAAAGAAGCUCUUCCGAAGAAACAAACUUUUUAGAUGAAGAAAAUAAUGAUAAAAUCGAAGAAUGUAUUAAAAAUGCUCUUUUGGAAUCUGAUUCAAAUGAUUCCAUUCCUUCAUCAUUCAAUAAAGAAACUGAAAUCAACACAGAACUUCAAGAUACAGAUUCUCUUAAAAUGGAAUCAACAACAUUUGAUAAUGAAAGUACAAAAUCUGAUGAAUUACAUAAAUCAAAAACGCAAAUAAAUAAUAAUAAGUCUAAUAAAAGAGAUGGAGCUCAAAAACGUAAUUAUGAUUUAGAAUCAGAUUCAUCAGUAGGGUCUAGAGUAAAGAGGAGAAGACUUCAAUUACAUAAGAAUUAUCAUUAUAUGAAUGAUAAGAAAUUGAGAAUGACAUGUCAUGUACAAAUAGAAAUAUUACAGGAUCAUAUCUUAAAUCAGUAUAAGGAUGCAUUGCAAAAAUCAAAAGAACACCAAAAUAAUAAAAAAAUCAAAAGGCUUAUAAAUCUGGAUACACUGGAAAAACCACAUAAGAAAAGAAGCUCUGUUGCGUCAAAGGAAGACAACAAAUUGCCAAAAUCUUUACAAUCCUUAAAAACCAAAAAAUCAUUAAUUGAAGAAGAAGAAGAAGAAGAUUCUUUAAUGGAUCAUUUAAAGAAGGUACAAGAUGGAGAUGUUUCUGUAAAUGCAGAAGAUGAUUCUGAUAAUAAUGAACAAAAUUUAAAUUCUGCAAUAGAAAGUCAUUCUGCUAUUUUAACUAAUGAUGAUCUGAUGUUAGAAGCUGAUAAAAUUGCAAAAGAUUUACUAUUAAAUUCGUCUGAUUCAAACUUAGAUGACAAUAAAGAACAACAAUCAACUAUAUCGGAUAAAGAGGAAGAGGAAUUAAAUGAGAAAGAUAAAAGUAUCAAACAAAAAGAAAUAAAAAAAGAGGUUAUUAAAACAGAGAACGAAGAAUUAUCAACAGAAGAGAAGAAAAAGCAGAAAAAACGAAAAAGUAAGUGGAGACGAAAUAAAAUAUUAACAAUGAAAAUAUCUGAUAGUGAAUCUGAAAAAGAACGAGAAAAAUGGGAAAAAUCGCAAAAUAAAUUAAAAAUAAAGGAAGAAGAUAGUGAUAAAGAUAAUAUUAGUAUCAAAAAGAAGACUAGUGAACAUAAAAGAAAGAAGAAUAGAAGAAUUUUCGAUUCUGAUUCAGAUGUAAAAGAAGUAAAUACAGAUACAGAAUCUAAUCUUAGUAGUAGUUCAAGUGAAGUAAUGAUAUUGAGUGACUCUGAUGAUAGCAGUGAUGAAAAACAAAAAAAGAAACAAAAACAAAAUGCCAAAAAAUCAUCUGACACAGAAUCAUCAGUUGCAGGAACCAAGCAAAAACCGAAAAGAAGACGGAUAAAAAAUGUAUCAAGUGAUAGCAACAGUGAUAGUGACAAAAUUACUAACUCACAAGGUACAUCAAGUAAAAGUGGAAGAAAAAAUAUUCGCAAAGUUCUAAAGGAUAAACAAGUAGCUGAGGAUACAAAACAAGCAGCUAAAGAAGAAGAGGAAAGAUUGAAACGUAUUAUGGAACGCCAGAAACUCUACAAUGAGAUGUAUGAAAUACGAUUAGCUGGUGAAGAGAAAGUAGAGAAAUUAGUAUUGGAUUUUGAUCCUAAUACAAAGGAAGAACUUAUAAGUGUACAUAAGGAUUUGGUAAAACGUUUGAAACCACAUCAAGCAGAAGGAAUUAAAUUUAUGUGGGAUGCAUGCUUUGAGUCUUUGGAAAGAAUAAAAACUACUUCUGGAUCAGGUUGCAUUAUUGCUCAUUGCAUGGGACUUGGAAAGACUCUACAAGUAAUUACUUUAUCACAUACUCUUUUAAGCCAUGAAGAAACAGGAGUAAAAACUAUCUUAGUAGUUUGUCCUCUUAGUACUGUUCUUAAUUGGGUUAAUGAAUUUGAUAUGUGGCUAAAAGAUGUAGAGAAUGGAGAUAUUGAUACAUUUGAAUUAACAAAAUGUAAAAAAAAUUUUGAAAGGAAGUAUCAACUUCAACAGUGGCAUAAAAAUGGUGGUGUAUUAAUUAUUGGAUAUGAAAUGUUCCGUAAUCUUACUCGUCUAAAUAAAAAUGUUCGAAAACACAUGAAAGAGGCGAUAUUAAAAUGCUUGAUCGAUCCUGGUCCAGAUCUUAUAGUAUGCGAUGAGGGACAUUUAUUGAAGAACGAAGAUACUGCAAUUAGUAAAUGCAUGAAACAAGUGAAAACGCUUAGACGUAUUGUGCUUACUGGAACGCCAUUACAGAAUAAUUUAAUAGAAUAUCAUUGCAUGGUUCAAUUCGUUAAACCCAAUCUUUUGGGAACAAAACGAGAAUUCUUAAACAGAUUCGUAAAUCCUAUAACAAAUGGACAAUUUGACAAUUCCACAGAAUAUGAUGUCAAAUUAAUGAAAAAACGUGCUCAUGUAUUACACAAAUUGUUACAAGGAAGUAUUCAAAGAUUUGAUUAUUCCGUGCUAACGCCCUUUUUACCGCCAAAACAAGAAUAUGUUAUUUUUGUUAGACUCACAGAUGUACAAAUCAAAUUAUACCAAUACUAUUUGGAUAAUUUGGCAAGACAUCUUAGCGGUAUGAAAGGUACCCUAUUCCCAGAUUUUCAAGCAUUGCAAAGAAUAUGGACUCAUCCUGUAGUUUUGCGAUUAAAUGCAGAAAAAGUUGAAAAGGCGAACGAAAAGAAACGAUAUGCCAGUGAUUCAGAAGGAUCUUUAAAAAAUUUCGUUGUCUCAGAUGAGGAAGAGACAACUAGUAGUACCAGCAGCAAUAGCGAUAGUGAUGUUCAAUCUAUACAUUCUUCAUCUCCUGUUCGAAAACGAAAAACUCGAAGUAAUGCAUAUGAAGAUGACUCAGAGCCAGAAUCAGUGGAAAUAGUAACAGAAAAGGAAGAAUGGUGGUCACAAUUUGUACAGCCUGAACACUUUGAUGACAUGAGGAUUUCUACCAAACUCGUUCUAUUGUUUGGUAUUUUAAAAGAAUGUGAAAAAAUUGGUGAUAAAGUGUUGGUGUUCUCUCAAUCUUUAUACUCUUUAACCUUGAUCGAACAGUUCCUUUCUCAAAUAGACGAAGCGGAACAAAACAAUAUAAUAUCAGAGAAAUUAGAAGGACAUACGGGAAGUUGGUCUUUAGGUUUAGAUUAUUUCAGAUUAGAUGGACAAACAUCUGCAGAAAAUAGAAGCGCUUGGUGUAAGAUAUUUAAUAGAGCUAGCAAUACAAGGGGAAGAUUAUUUCUUAUAUCAACGCGAGCUGGAGGUUUGGGUAUAAAUUUAACUGCUGCUAAUCGAGUAAUUAUAUUCGAUGCAAGUUGGAAUCCAUCACACGAUAUACAAAGUAUAUUCAGAGUGUACAGAUUUGGUCAAAAGAAGCCAUGUUAUGUAUACCGAUUUCUCGCAGCGGGUACAAUGGAAGAAAAAAUAUAUAAUCGUCAAGUCACAAAAUUAUCACUUUCCUGUCGUGUUGUGGAUGAGCAACAAAUAGAACGUCAUUACAGUCAUAACGCCCUGAAUGAAUUAUAUAAAUUUGAACCACAUACUAAUACUGACAAACCUACUCUAAAUUUACCAAAGGAUAGAUUGUUGGCGGAAAUUUUUUUAAAAUACAAGGAUUUAGUUGAAAACUAUCAUGAGCAUGAUUCCUUAUUGGAGAAUAAGGCUGAUGAAGAAUUAGACGAAGAGGAAAGGAAACAGGCUUGGCUAGAAUAUGAAGAAGAGAAAAAAGGUCCGCCACCCAAUGCAAUGAUGACGACAGCUUAUCAAAAUAAUAUCUUGUUACAACAGUACAAUAAUAUGAUAGCUAAUCUGAAUCGUCAAAAUAUGGCACUAAAUAAUACUACACAAAGUAAUGAUUAUGAAAAUCUACAAAAACUGAUCGAAAAAGACUAUCCUAAUGCAACGCCAGAACAACGUAAAUUUAUGACAGCUCGAGCCUUGGUGGAUAUGUACAAUUAUUGGGAACAACAAGCUAUGGUUCAACCUAGCAGAAAUCCUAUUAUCACGCAGAACGUACAACAGAAAAUCACUACGCCAUUAGGUACAACUAAUAUGUCUGCUGCAAUGAAUCAGAAUUUAUUGAGACAACAAUUACUACAAAAUCAACAAAUGAUUUAUGGGACAAACAACACUUACACAAAUGUAUCUAAUCCUCCAUUAAAGAAUCCAGUUAGAGUAAUCAAUCCGUAUGCUUAUCCAAAAGCUUCAACCAGUAAUGUUCAACCUAGAACUGACAUUGCUCAGAUUACAAUAGAUUCAACAAAUACAGCUGAUACUUCUGCAAAAACUUCAACAGUUCCAACAAGUAAGGAACAAGAGGAAUGAUCUUUAAAAUAAUAUGUUAUAAUUGUCUUUCUGAUAGUUAAACUAUAUUCUUCAGUAUGUAUUUCAAAGAAUCAAACUAAUUCUUUUGAUUUAAUUUUUUUAUAUAAAUAUACAUUAAUAUUAAUUGUCUUGAUUUACUUUUCCAAUAGAAAUUACCGAUUAAUGGGAACUUCUGCAUUUUUUUAUAAUGUUAUGUAAGAAAUUUAAUGAGUUUUAAUUUUUUAAGAAAUUAAUUAUCCUAAAGGAAUAAUAAUUGGCUCAUAUAUAAUAAUACAUCAAUAAUUGAUGUACAUUUUCAUAUGCUGUGUAUAAAUGAACAUUAAUCGAAUAUAAAAGUUUGAUUCUUUGAAUAGAAUCUUUAUAAUGGAAGCUGUCAUAUUAUAUUAAUGAAAUAUUUAACAUAAAGUAUUAAUAAUCCUUAUACAUUUUUUAUUGCUUUUUGUCAUUAAGUAAAUUUUUAUUUGUAAAAGUAUUACGUAUCGAAAAUUUGCGUAGAGUUAUAAUCCAUAGUUAAAACGACAAAUAUUGCAUGGAAUGAGUAAUAGUUUUCUAAAUGUAUAAUGAAAUAAACUAGAUUUUUAGUUAUCCCAUUUAAAUUUAGUUUAUUUUAUUGAUUUUAACAAUAUAAUACGUUACAUAAAAAAACUUUAUGUAUUCACUUUCGCAAUCAUUUUAUGUAUUUCACUUACAUAUGAUAUUACAUAUAUUCCUAUUAGAUUUAAAUAUUUAUAUAACAACGUAUACACAAGGAUAUAUUAUAUUUAUUCUAAUUUCUGUAACAUGAAGCAAAAAAGAAUAUUUAUUUUUGGAUCUUGUUUUUGAAGCAGAUCUAUUAGGAUAUUUUCUCAACAAUUUUCAUAUAAUUAAAUAUAAUUUGGUAAGGCUUUUCUCCAACCAUCUUGAAGUAAUGUUCUUAAUUCAAUUUUUUUUUUUAAGAAGUCUGGAGAUCUUGCUAAAUUGAAAUAUUCUGCU